AUGACUCUCCCAGAUCAGAGUAAUUUAGUAAGAUGGGGUAAAAGUACCGAAAAAACUUGCUAUAUCUGUGGAAAGGCAGUUGGAACUGCUAAGCAUCUGCUGGUGGGAUGUAAGGUAUUCCUGGACAGCGGUCAAUACUCGCGUCGUCACGAUAGGGUUCUAGAAGUCAUACGUGAAGCGGUUAGUCUUUCGGUAGCCAGAGCGCAAAAGGAAAUAACCACAAACGAACGAUCAGUAGGUUUUGUGAGAGAAGGCACUAGGGUUACAAAAUCAAACGUCAAGCCUUACUCCAUCCUUAAAGCGGCGUCGGAUUGGACUAUAAUGAUGGACACGUAUGAAAAACAAUAUAAAAUCCCCGAGGAUAUUUGUGCGUCGGCCUCCAGACCGGAUAUAUUUUUGUUUUCGUGA